AUGAGUACACCCGCCCGGAAUACGCUACAAGUGUUCACAUGCUCACCACAGAGGGCGGACACGACAGCUUUGCGCAGAGGCGAUAACGUGACCAAUGAGGCUUUGCCGAGACAUAGGAUGGAAAGAUUUCGUCGCUUAAGGGAAUCUAUGACAGCGACAGAACCUCGUUCAAUCAUUGAAACAACUAUCCGUCUUGCACUUGCGAGCACACUGAACUUCUACUUAUCGCAAUACAUCUUUGACAACAGACUGAUACCGUUUCUGGAGGAUGCAUUCAGGACAUCGCCGUUAAUAUACUGGCCAGCUUUUCGUACAGAUACGGAAAGGUUGCCCAAAAUGCAGAGGUUAUGGCCACCGCAUGCUAAUUUCGAGCUUGCCGUAGUCUUCACCUUAGGAUUGUACAUGAUUCUUAAAUAUUUUCUACGUCCUGAACACGUUUUGGAAGUGUUGAGUCGUCUGAACUCGAGUUCGGAGUUCCCAUUUGAUGACAAAGUCAAUGACUUGGCUGGCAGAAACCACCAUGCUCUUAGAGCUCGCCUUUUCUCGGCAGGAAUAGUUGCUGUUUCCAUAUUUACAUUACUCCUUCCUAUGCAGAGGAUAGGCGAAAUGCAUAUUUUUGUGAUCGCCUUGAAUUUUGUUCAUAUUCUCUUAUUAUGUGAACUUAGCGCUGUUCUUAUGUUCCUUUAUUCGGAGCGAUCUGAGAAUAAGUUGAAGGAAGAAUGA